AUGGAGGAAGCGCGACAUGCGGUCACGCUGCUCGGAGCCAUGACCCACGAAAGGCUGCAGUAUUUCUCCACCACCCCCCGACGAUCAGUCCUGGCUAGGAUGAAUCAGACAGUGUUCGUUGGCUCGACGCGGAGAGAGUGGGGUGGUGCAGCAGAGUGGAGCUGGGAGGAUACGAAAGUCCUACCAGCGCACGUCGAGCUUGUUGCGGGAGGCCCUGCGUCCAGUGACCACACAGACAAGAUUGCGGUGGAGCAGAAGAUGGCCCUGGGGCCUGGGAGGGGCGCGCACGGCCACGCACAUCACCGCCUAUCGGGGACUAGAACCUUUUGA